UAAGGACCACCAUAUUAUCAAUGUCACAAGCAUCGUAUCGCUUCCCAAAAACCUCAAUUCCAUGGCAAACAAGGGUUUGCCCCGCCGCCGCUCUUCUCCGCCGCUUCUCCAUUUGCAAGUCCACAGCGACAACAUCACCAACUUCACCUCUCGUCAUCAAUGGGACCGGCGCUCUGCAGCUUCAAACAAUGGAGGGAAGCAAGAGGAGAGAAUUUUUGGUAGAGAAGAGUGCAGAAAAAUUGCGGACAAGCAAAGAGAAACUCAAACUUAUCGACCACAUCCAACGACUAGGAAUCGACUACUACUUUGAAGAUAUGAUCGACGCCAUACUACAGCUCGAGUGCUUCGCUUUCUCCCCUCAAGAAGACCUCUUCACCACGGCUCUGCGAUUCCGUCUGCUCCGCCAAGCUGGCUUCCAUAUAACCACGGAUGUAUUGUUGAAGUUCAAGGGCAAAGACGGAAAGUUUGAAGAAUCCUUGAGUGAGGGCAUGGAAGGGUUAGUGAGCUUGUAUGAAGCAGCAAAUAUGGGGGCUCAAGGAGAAAAGAUAUUGGAUGAGGCUAUGGAGUUCGCGGUGCCUCGCCUCCAAGCCCUAGAGGUGCCCAGGCAUUUGAGGAUGGGUAGGUUGGAAGCGAGACGAUUCAUCGACGAGUAUGGGAAGCAAAGUGAGCAUGAUAGAGACCUUUUGGAGCUAGCAAUUUUGGAGUAUAACCAUGUCCAGGCUCAACACCAAGCUGAACUAACUGAAAUUACAAGGUGGUGGAAGCAGCUGGGAUUGGUGGAUAAGUUAGGUUUUGGACGAGAUAGACCGUUGGAGUGUUUUUUGUGGACGGUAGGGCUUCUCCCUCACCCUAAAUACUCUACUUGCCGAAUAGAAUCAGCCAAAACUAUCGCUAUUCUCUUAGUCAUCGAUGAUAUUUUCGACACCUACGGCAAAAUGGAUCACCUAAUCCUCUUCACCAAUGCAAUUCAAAGAUGGGAUCUUGAAGCAAUGGAGACACUCCCUGAGUACAUGAAAAUAUGCUACAUGGCAUUGUAUAACACAAUCAAUGAGAUUUGCUACACGGUGCUCAAGGACACGGGACGAACUGUCCUUCCGUACCUCAAAGCUGCGUGGAUAGACAUGAUUGAAGGUUUCAUGGUGGAGGCAAAGUGGUUCAAUGGCGGGAAUGCACCAAACUUGGAAGAAUACAUAGAGAAUGGGGUAUCGACAGCGGGAGCGUACAUGGCUUUGGUGCACCUAUUCUUUCUAAUAGGAGAAGGUGUCACCGACCAAAAUGCCUCACUUUUGAGGCAGAAACCCUAUCCCAAGCUCUUCUCCACCGCCGGCCGGAUCCUUCGCCUAUGGGAUGAUCUUGGAACCGCCAAGGAGGAGGAAGAGCGUGGCGAUCUGGCGUCGAGCAUACAUUUAUUUAUGAAGGAGAAGAAGGUGUCGACGGUGGAAGAGGCGAGAAGUUGCAUUUUGGAUGAGAUAUUCCAACUAUGGAAGGAUCUCAACGGAGAGCUCAUUUCCAACAAUAACGCCUUGCCAUUAUCUAUCACCAAAGUCGCACUUAACAUGGCACGAGCUUCCCAAGUCAUCUACAACCAUCAACAACACACUUAUUCUUCAAGCGUCGAUAAUUAUGUGGAAGCCCUCUUCUUCACUCCUCUUCCUACAUCUUAAUUAAAAAUUUUAAAGUACAUGGCCAGUAUAAUAUUAUGAGAUAUGUAUGCUUGUUGUUUUAUGAAUAGUAUAAGCUACAAAAACAAUUAGCAACAUUUAAUUCGAUAUUGUUUUGUAACUAUUUAUUCAUUUCAAGAAAUAUAAUAAAAGAUCACUAGUCUGUACUAUUAGAAUGA